CGCGGUUUCAGGAACACUGUUGUUCACCAGCAGGUGGCGCGAUUCAGCCACUUUCAUGUAGUUAUUUUAUCAUUAUUAUUUUGUUGUUAAUUGAUAAAUUCUGAACAAAUCACCUCCCUGCAAAGCAGGGUCCGGCACGCCACUUCCCUUUACUCCUUCUCUCCCUCUCCCAGUCUCCCGUACGUCCCCAGGCUGAAGUCGGGGUGUUCAAAGUUACUACUGAAAGGCGGGGAGAUGCGGCUUCAGUAGUACGGACAUAAAGUCAAAAAAUGUGGCAUUUAAGGGGUAUUUAAACGAGCAGAUGAACAGCGAAUAUAGUUAGAUAGCGGGGUGACGGUCACUCACGGAGUGAGCAGGGCUUCCAAUCCGGAUCCAGCGGGAAACGUUCAAAGGAGCGGAGUUUGUCCCUGGAUCCUCAGCCAUGCAGAGCUGUUUGGGGGCUCUUUGAGGUGACUUACCUCUGGUUUAUCGCUUUCAUAGCCUGACCAGGUCAUUAUUCUGUGAGUUACUGAGCAAUCAACAGCGGUAACUAAAUACCAAGAGAGCCGAGCGACCAAUAUUUCAGCCAGUUCACUUCUAGCUUGUUUUUUUUUGUUCCUGGCAACUUUUAAUAAGAUAAAAUAAAGAAAAGAACGCGAUGCUGCCUGGUUUGCGGGGAGCACUGAGACCGGCCGCCGGUGCGAAGGCGCGGGUGCUGCGGACGCUGCUCCACCGGAACGCCGCGCUGCCCCUACAGCCGCUACAGCGCCGUAACCGAGGCACGCAUCCGCCCAAGGAGCCCAUGGAGCCCCUGAACACGGCGCCGGGGGCCCGGGACUUCAUCUACAGCCUCCAUGCCAGCGAGCGGGCGUGUUUGCUGCGGGAGCUGCAUCGCUUCGAGUCCAUGGCAAUCGCGCAAGUGUCCCGGUACACCAGAGAGCGACUUGCUGUUGCUGCAUCACCUGAAGAGGGUCUCCCCGCCUCUGCAGCUGAUGAACAGAAGAAAUUAGAAUCGGCACCUCCGACCAGCGCCCAGCUCCGAUACGUUCUUUUGCAUAAUGCCAUUCCCUUCGUUGGAUUCGGUUUCCUAGACAACGCCAUCAUGAUCGCUGCAGGAACACAGAUCGAGCUGUCCAUCGGAGUGGUGUUUGGGAUCUCCACCAUGGCAGCGGCCGCCCUCGGGAACCUGGUGUCGGAUCUGGCGGGCCUUGGCCUCGCAGGCUACGUGGAAGCCUUAGCGCACAGGCUUGGCAUGCAGAUCCCGGACCUGACGCCCAAGCAGGCAGACAUGUGGCAGACCAGAGUGAGCUCCCACAUGGGCAAAGCCAUUGGGGUCACGAUCGGCUGCCUCCUGGGAAUGUUUCCGCUGCUCUUCAUGAAGAACGGCGAUGAGGCGGAGGACGGGGAGAGUGCCCAAGGCGGGAAUUCGUCAGCCCUCAGCAGCGAGUGAAACUCAGCUGCUGAUCGGCCGCUGAAGCCGCUGGACUGUAACUGACAUGAAGAACGCAAAGCAGACAUUGUUCUGGGUUUUUAAAGCUGUAUCCCGGUGAUGCCUGAUCUCGAUGAGUUAAAUAUCGCGCAUGCACUUCAUGAAUGUUCCUUUAUUGAUUUUGAAUGACGUCAGCACUCAAAUGAGAAACCUCAUGGUCCAGUCUUCUGUUUGUAGUGUAUGAAGAUGUUUCUCCUCAUCAUUCAGAUCACACCAACGUCUGGAAGGAUUCUGGUUUCAGCUUGCACCCUGAGCUGCAGUUAAACAUCUCGGGGACCGGUAUAGAUGUUGGGAUGUGUCUCUUGUCCAGUUCAGGGGGACCUGGGAACUUUUGAUCAGUUUGUUACUUCUGCCUCAUUUCUCUUUCAUUUCCUCUCCCCCUGUUUUUCACUCCCUUUGGUUUUUCCCACCCAGUCCGUUGCAUUUCAGAUUCAGAGCCCGACUACAGUUAUGGGUUUUCUGUGAUCAUUUAUGGUGACAUAUUCAAUAUCAGCCAGUGAACCUUCCGUUUACACAUGUAAUUCAUCAUGCAUGACGCUAAGUGUGUUUUUGUUUUUGCAUUGAUGGUUUACGGAGCGACACUGACUGCACCUCAACACGGGAAGAAAGCAGCCGGACAUACGGGUUGCAUGCGGCAUUGGGGACAGCAUGAGGCUCCCGUCCACCUCGGCACAGGACAGUGUGCUUGUAUGCCAUUGUUUUAUAUACAGUAUAUAUUACAUUGAGUGGUGCUCUGCUGGCUCAUUGACUGAGAAGAUCAGGUACAUAGAAGUGUCCAAAAAUGGGACAUUGCCGUAUGAUGUCGCUCUAGCUCACCUUGGGGCAGAUAACAGACGCUCCUCUUCAUAUGGACACAUGGGUGCUGUACAGGAACCCCUCCCCCCCCCUGCAUACUAGUCAGCAAAGUGGCCUGGUGAUGUCACAGUGGGACAGAACCAUGGCACAGGGGGAGUUUGGGGAAAUGGACCACAGCCCUGUUGUGUUAAGGGAAGUGGGGAGAAAAGAUGCUCUACAGGGAACCAAGAUGCAGGUGGGCUAGAACCGGACCAGAAUCUAAGCUACUCUCCAGAGCUGUGAACCUAAGGGUCUUAUCCGGUUUUUGGGCUGUGACAGGAAGUGACAAAACAUAUUACCUUGUAUGAACUUUUUAGUUUAUUGUACACUUACUGUGUACUGGAAAUGCUAUGUCUGUAUUAAUAUUUCUUGCUGGUUUGUGCUGGUACAUUAUGCAAAGGGAGCGUAAAAACUCUGGUAAGACUCGUCUUGUUUUGCGCUGUGGGGAUGCUCGUAAUUGCACCGUUUUGACCGUUAAUUUGGCCAAACGUCUGCUCAGUAGCUCACCAGUAUCACAUUGCGGGACGCUGACCCAACCUAAGUGAGAUUUGUAUCAGUGAUGCAUCCAAUCCUGGUGGUUCAAAUUUUGUGCUUCAUGAAGACAGACGUGCCUGUAACUUUACAAGGUCCUGUAUGACUAUAUAACAUCUACGUACUAUUCUGCAAGUUAGUUUGUCUAGUACUACUUAGUCCCCUGUACAGCUUGUUAUAAAUUUUAAUGAUGCUGGGUUACAUAAUUAUUGUAUUCCAGACUUGUGUGCGUGAUGAUAAGUAGAGUUAUCUGGCUACAAAUGUGAGCGCUGAAAUCUCCGCUAAGGAAGAUUAAAAAUAAGGCCUGGCAAGUAUGUAGAAUGCGAUGUGAGAUGGUCCAGCUCCCGAGUCCCUUUCCACUUGGGCUGGCUGCGAUCACACGUAUCCUAGCAACAGGAUCUCCCGUAACAUAACCUCUCCCGCAGCUAUAGCCCCGUCUUUCCGUCCGCCUGUGUGCGGAUGAAACGCAGAGAGCGUCCAAUAUGGUACGUGGCCACAAAUAGCGUAAACACCUUUUCCCUCUUGAGAUUCAUUCUAAUUGGAUGUUGGCAUAUGCAUGGCAAAGUACAGAUGGCGUGAACAUAAACUCCUAAAUAAUACAUUACCUAGCAACAGGACGUCAGCUAUUCCUUUAACACUGGACUGUAUCGCAAAGAGGAUGGACUUCCACCGAUCUGUGAUGAAAUGUGAUGCAUGUUUACUUGUAAAUAAAUGCUAUUAAAUGAAACACUUUUA